UCGCGCCUGCGUCGCGUCCGCCCCGUUUUCGCAACAUGCGCGACGGAGGACACGAGCAGCGCAGACAGCUAACGGAGUGCACUGAAGUCGAGAUGUCGAGUGAGAAGGUGCGAAGACGCUGAGGAAGACGCGCGCGACGUCGACAACAACGACGACGACGAAGAAGAGGGGAGAAUCCUGUGCGAUGCUGCGGCGACGGCCGACGCGGUAGUAAAUCAAUUCGCGGAGAGUACCUGUGUCGAGCCAUGAUAAGAUGCGUCGCGAUGCAGCUGGUCGAUUUCUCUGACAUUUCGCGGGAAUACGGUAAGGCACGACGGCGACAACAACGACGUGACCUCGGGCUGGUCUAACGGCGAAGUAUUAUCUGGAGCGACUAUCGGUUUUCCGUCACGCUCGUCGAAAUUGAUAGAUCCUGCGGACAGGUGCAAUCGAUAUACGCUCGAAGGGAAAAGAGGCGACGCGAAUCGGCAGCGCGAUAAACCGAUGCGUCAGGAAAUGGCAGAAUCGCGAGCGACGACGACGACGACGACGUCGAGGACGAGCACAUGAUAUGACGAGCGCAAUCGUCACAGGUGUGCAUGUGGUGGAAAUUCUACAGCGAGCACGCAUGCACGUUUGUUGACAGGACGCAAAUAUCAUCUUGAGAUAUCCACGUUCGCACAAAAACACAGAUUACACGGGUCUGCCUAUCUAUUUAUCGCGAUCCCGCUCGCAGAUAAAACACCAGGAUACCGCCGCGGCGGGAGCGGAAGAAAGUUUCGCUCUUGGAUGCGACUGUGACCGAGGACGCCGGACUAACGAAUUCCGAUCGACAUCACCCAGCCCAACGUCGAGAUUCUCGAUCGCGAGUAAGCCAAAUCUUGCAAAUAUGCGCGACGACUUCACAGGCUCAACGUGGUCAUUCGAUGUCGGUAUGACUGACAGAAAAACGGCUUGUCACUGACGCUUCGUAAAGUAAGAUGCAUGAGACUAAUAGUACAAAUAAUAUGAGAGAGCCGAACGCGACCGAUGUUGUUACCGAUUCUAUUUUGUACACCGUACCGCCGGCCGACCUCGACGUGCUCUCCAGCAGCAUGGCGAGCACCUACAACGAGACAUCCACGACGUACGUCGAGCUGGCGCAGGAGAGCGAGAACAAUCAACGCGUAUGGAAUUUGUCUAAGAACGCAGUAACGUCGUUCCUCGAACCGACGUCGAUACCGUUCGACACGUCGGGAGGCACCACCACGAUGUAUACGCCGACCACCUCCGAUUCUUUCGAUGAGUUUGGUCCACCCGAAGGAGUGGAAUACAUUUUCGUGCCACUUGGUGUGGUGGUGUCUGUUAUUAUACUAUCAGCUGUGGUAUGGGUACUAAUCAUAUCGAGGAAGCGGAAGUUGGAACGUUUGAGACACAGACUCAUGCCGAUGUACAACUUUGACCCCGGGGAAGAGGAGGAGGACGAUUGGGAGACCGAGCUGUUGGACGAAUGCUAUAGUACACAUCAGAGACGAGUGUCAAGGAUACCAAUCCAUGGAUACCGAGGAAAAUGCAGAACUAUUCGGUGGUCACUAAUAGCACACUUUUGCAUAGCGUUCGAGUCACCUUUCUAUUAUACUUUAUAUUACGUCAUAAGUGAUAAAUGUUCUUAUUAUUUAUUGUAAUUUUUGUACUCUAACCCAAGCUCUUAAUUCUAGUUGAGAAUUUACCUCGAUUACCGCACGAGAGCUAUAUUUUCAUUCGUGCAAAUUAUUAAAAAUCGAUUUUUCUGAUAAAAAAGGAAACGGUAUUUAUAUUAGACACAUGCCGUAUAUUCAUAUGUACUUAAUAAUUUCAAUUUUUCAAUUACUCCGCACAUAGCCAUUUAAUUUGCGCGUUAAGGCUCUCUAGUACUCGUAUCGUCCAUCUCUUUUUAAUGACGAUAGAAACGAGGAAAUGUAUGCUAAAAAUCCUUGCGAAAUACGUCGAGAUAAAAAGAUAUAUCCAUAAAAUGACACUUGCGAUCGAUUAAGUAUGUCAAAAUAUUCCGAGCACACUUUUGCUCUAACAACCAAUAAAUAACUAUAAAAUUAACGUGAUAUGUAAUCUUUUUUUUAAUUUCCUCAUUAUUCCGUCAUAUUAAUUUUACGUUUAUUCAUUGAUUGUUAGAACAAAAGCAAAGUACGGAAGUGUCAUUUUGUGGAUGUAUCUUUUUAUCUCGGAUAUAAAGAGGGCACACUAAGUGGCGGCGGGACGCCGUGCGUUCGAGAUCUGCGUAUCUUUUCGUUCCAGAGAGAAAAAUAUCGAGAGCGUGGUUCUGCUAGGCCGGGACUCGAACCCAGGUCUUUCGCUUGCCGGGCGACUGCUCGCGUAUUUCACAAGAAUUUUUAGCACGUAUUUUCUCGCUUCUGACUAAUCAGAAAAAGAUAGACGAUGCGAAUAUACUUAGGAGCCUGAAUUAAAUUUCACGACUUAUUUUAUCACGUGCGUUGAAAAUUGCGUCUGACAAGGUUCGUAAUUUUCACCAUUUAAUAUCAUGUAUAUAUUAGAAAAUAGACACUCUCUUUACACAUACAACACACUCUGACUUCUACACAAAAAAUUUCGUAAUAGAAAAUAUAAAAAAUAUGAAAUUUUUUGUAACUUCAUUAUUUGUGUGGCCCAUUUUAUAACAUUCAUAUCCUCUUGCAUCACUUAUUUUUGUUCCUUCACUAGAGCUUUUUCCUUCAGAUCAAACAAACGUUACUAUGUUUCAUAUUAAGCUUUAUUAUAUAACUUCGUAAUAAUGUCUUCAAAUAUACGCUUUACUGAAAAUAUAAAGAAACUCGGGAAAAUGUGAACAUAAAUUUAAUAAGAGUACUUCGAGUUUAUUUACUUUAAUACAAAUUUGACAUUCACACAUAUGCUUGCCUCAAAAAUGACACUAAUAUACACAUAUUCAUGUUUAAUUAGAAAAGAAUAGUACAUAUGUUACAUACAUAUGUUACAUAUGUAGUGAUGAUUUAAACUUUUUUCUGUGUUUACCUUUUCCUAUCUCUUACAAUAUUAGAUCGGUAUGAAGUUUUUUGGCUUCGUGAAUUGUAAUACAUAUGUAGGAGAACAGGAGGUAGCAAAUAUGUGAUACAAUACUAUACCGUGUGUGAUAUUAGACUAUUUCAUUUAAAAAAGUUUAUCAAAUCUUUCGUUCAUCAAAUUAAACGAACAGAAAAAAAAAGGAAAGUUUUGAGAUCUGCAUCUUACAAUCCAGUCUUUUACUGUCAAAGAGAGUUACACAUGUAAUCUUACCGCUUAAAAAUAUGAUCAUUAAUCAUUAUUAAUAGUAGCAAUGUCAAAGAAAUAUAAAAGAACUUAAUAAAUUUGUAACACAACUUCCAUAUCCAACGUUCUUCCUCAAAUUUGACUGAAUUGGAAACUAAGAUUUCUAGGGUGACACCGAUAAUCGGUGAGAGAACAGUGUCGGCCACUAUCAUCGUUAUUUUUUGUCGAGUUUUAAAACUUUGUUCGGGAAUUCCCGAAUUACAAUAAAAAGUGCAAACUAGACAGAACCGAACUUUGAUCAACUGGCUUAAUAUUUUUUUUUUUUCUUA